UGAUACCUACAACGCCUCUCUGCAUCUAAUAUUUAGAGAUGUAGGGUUUCUGGUGAUGGUUGGCAACUUGGCAGAGAACAGAAAUAUCGAGAGGGCGAUGAAUGCCGGUAGGUGGCAAUCCCACAUCAAUUUGUGCCAAAAAAAAAAGAGGGGAAAAAAACACUACGGAGAAAAUCCACACAUAUUAAUAAAGUCAAGUUUAAAUAAAGAUAUCACGCUGUUCUUUUGGCUUUGGACGACAUGAGCAAGUAAAGACUGCGCGCGCACACACGCACACGCACACACACACACACACAAUGAUGGGCAUCAUUCAGCAACAGAUGCGUUUCAAACGCGCAGUGUCAGGUUUAAUACAUCAUCCGUCAAUCGCUGCAAAUAUACCGUUCUCCUGAGCCACAUUUUCACAGACGGUGCCUCUUUCCGUGUGCUUACACUUUCUAUUUACAUUUUCUGACGAAACAUUGAGCUGGCCGGCGCAACAACGAUUUGUAAGCAACACGAAAGAAAGGGAAAACUGCAGCGCCAAUCAAACGUCGCUUUAAAUGAGCCCAGACGUUGUGGGAUGAGAUUCACGUAGGGAACGUAUGAAGUUUAAUACGCUGACAUUAAACGACAGAAUUAGCUAGAACACCCCUUACCAACACGAAUUAAAAUGUUAUUGUUGGAUGUUGAGUCUCAAGGAUUCAGUCGAGCCUAUGGUUCAACUUUGAGGAGGCUCUGCAGUGGACAUCGCUCACGAGAAAUGAAGGCGAGAGGAAGGAGUGCAGACUCAAGGAAGCUGUGAGGUGAUGCUGUAACAUUCAACAGCAUUCAGCGGAGUCAGCACGUUAUGUUACAUCUAUGGACUGCGGUGGUGGAUGUGGGCAAGAUCUGAGGAGCGUGGGGCCAGAAUGCGUUGAAGAACGGCGGUAUAUGGCAGUGGUUUUAAAGGGCACAUCUCGAUCAGAGAAACCUUCCAAGUACUAACUCUACUGGAUUUUACCCAAAGGGAGGCUGUUGAAAACCCAUGUGGUUUAGACAUUUCCUUCCCGGAUGUGGAUACUGGGCUUAUUUUAUGUGUCCAGCAAAACAUACCAACGGUGGUAGAUUUAUUCCCCUUUUUCUGUACAGAUUUUGUAGAAGAUCUUCCAGCCCCCCUCCCCCUUUUUUGCACCUGCUUUGCUUUGUCAAAGCUCACCGAGCGCUUUAGAGCGCGCUGCUCUUACUUGCAUCUCCGUACAUCGUGCAUGGAUUCUACAUGAACUGGGGUUUUGUGAGGGCUGCAGUGAUGCUCCCGUUUACUGAUAUCGCCUCACAGCUCGCAUUUCUGGACAAAAAUGGACUGCCUAUAAAUGUUUGGGGAGAGAAAAUCAGCAGGCAUUAAAUUAUGAAUGUUGAACAAGAUGACCUCUUACCAUCAGCGCCAGAUGUUGAGAGGUCCUAGAUGGAAAGGGGCUUGGUUUGACCCCUUGUUUCUCCUGCUUUUAGCCCUGCAGUUGCUUGUUGUUGCCGGACUGGUGCGAGCCCAGACCUGUCCCUCUGUAUGUUCCUGCAGUAAUCAAUUUAGUAAGGUCAUCUGCACACGCAGAGGGCUAAAGGAUGUCCCAGAUGGCAUCUCCACUAAUACACGGUAUCUAAACCUUCAGGACAAUCAAAUCCAGGUCAUCAAAGUAGACAGUUUCAAGCAUCUAAGACACCUUGAGAUUCUUCAGCUUAGCAGAAACCACAUCCGCAACAUUGAGAUUGGCGCCUUUAACGGCUUAACCAGCCUUAACACUCUAGAGCUUUUUGACAAUCGCCUCACGACCAUCCCAAAUGGCGCCUUUGAGUAUCUAUCAAAACUGAAAGAGCUGUGGCUUAGGAAUAACCCAAUUGAGAGCAUACCGUCUGAUGCCUUCAGUCGCUUGCCCUCCCUGCGGCGGUUGGACUUGGGAGAGCUGAAGCGUCUCUCCUACAUCUCGAGUGGAGCAUUUCAGGGCUUGAGUAACCUUCGCUACCUGAAUCUGGGCAUGUGUAACCUCAAAGAGGUCCCCAACAUUCAGCCCUUGAUUCGCCUGGAUGAGCUAGAGAUGUCCGGGAACCAGCUCACCGUCAUCCAGCCCAGUUCUUUUAAGGGUCUUGUCCAUCUUCAGAAGCUGUGGAUGAUGCACGCCCAAGUCCAAACCAUAGAGCGGAACUCCUUCGAUGACCUGCACUCUUUGCGAGAGCUCAACCUGGCUCACAACAACCUUACCUUUUUGCCCCACGAUCUCUUCACGCCUUUGCACCACUUGCAGCGAGUGCAUUUGCAUCACAAUCCCUGGAACUGUAAUUGUGAUAUUCUUUGGCUGAGCUGGUGGCUGAGAGAGACCGUACCAACGAACACCAGCUGCUGCGCACGCUGUAAUUCCCCUCCCAACCUCAAGGGGCGCUACAUUGGUGAGCUGGACCAGAGCUACUUUCAGUGCUACGCCCCCGUUAUCGUCGAACCACCUGUCGACCUCAAUUUGACUGAAGGAAUGGCGGCAGAACUCAAAUGUCGGACAAAUUCAGUGACCUCGGUCAGCUGGCUAACACCAAAUGGCUCCAUCAUAACACAUGGGGCGCUAAAAAUGCGCAUUUCCGUCCAAAACGACGGAACGCUAAACUUCACCAAUGUCACCAUCCAGGACACAGGAACCUAUACUUGCAUCGUAAGCAACAUGCUAGGCAACAUUUCAGCCUCUGCUGUCCUCAAUGUGACUUCCGUUGACAACAGUGGCUUUACUUACUUCACUACGGUCACCGUAGAAACAAUUGAAACCCCUAUCGAUGGGGAAAGUAGGACACCGGUGCAGCCUUCUUUCGGCUGGGCAUCCUCCUCGACCACAAGGGGAACACCCAUUGCCACUGAGAGAGCGUACACAAUUCCCGUGACCGACAUAGACAUUGAUGGCUCUCUAAAUGGUUUGGAGGAGGUUAUGAAAACCACCAAGAUUAUUAUCGGCUGUUUUGUGGCCAUCACACUCAUGGCGGCCGUCAUGCUUAUAAUAUUCUACAAGAUGCGCAAGCAGCACCACCAGCAGGAUCACGAUGGGCCGAGCCGCACCAUUGAGAUCAUCAACGUCCACGAGGAGCUGGCGAGGGUUCCGGCCAUGGAGAGUCACCUGGCUCUUCCGCCCCUGGAGCAUGAGCAUUACAACCACUAUAACUCCUACAAAACUGCUUAUAACCAUGUGUCCGCUCUCAGCUCGCUGCAUAGCUCAGUGCAUGAACCUUUACUAAUCCAAGCCAGCUCGAAGGAUAACGUACAGGAGACGCAAAUUUGACCAUGUUGGAACUGAAUUCUACUAAUGCUGUUUAAAUUUUGGUUGUGGACACGCUGUCGUCAUGAAGAUUACAGUGCGCAUUUAGACGUUCAGCAAUGUCAAUGAGAGCCAGGGUGUAUGUAUCAUUAUUUUAAGUGUCUUUACAAAUCUUAUUUAUUUAAAGAUAUGUGAAGUGACUGGAUCAUCAAAUCAUAAGACAAAAUUUAAUGUCUUCUUUUUUUUUUUUUUUUUUUUCAUUUCUAUAUUUUGUAAACUGGGAGAACGAAUGGUGUACUUUCGUGUGCUGGUUGAAUUAAGGUAAACUCCAGCACCUUUGAGAGAAAUGAGACAACAGUUGUUGUUUUUUUGGGGGGGGGGGUUUGUGGCAUUUUACAUCGCAUUGCUCCAGUGUGUUUUCGUUUUUUGAGACGGUAAAAACAAAGACAAAAAACUGAAAACUACUGAAAACACCAAACUUUAAAUCGCAUGGAGCACUUAGGUAUGAAUGGUGGGCCUGAUGGAUGCAGAGAGGUGUAUAAAUGGUUACAUUUCCCCAUGAAAAAAAAUCCUGUUAUUAAAGAAAAAAGGGAAAGCUUUCAUUAUCAGGGCAUGGUUAUUCUGCAAAUGCAGCUAAAGGAAACAUUUCUAGAACUUAUAGAAGCCACUGUUCUGAACAAACAUCAAUUUACUUCAAUUCAGAAAUUAGGUUUGCAUAAUUGCCUUGAAUUACAGUUCUUAAAUCAUGUUAUUAUCUAAAACGUGGCAUUGAAAAUUCAGCAUUUAGUUUUUUCCCCCCUAAAUCUGUAAAUAUAUUUAUAACUGUAAACGCCACAAACCUAUAAAUAUAAAUAUGAAUUUCUAUACAUUAUUAAACAUCAGGUUAGUUCAAUUAUAGCCCCAAUUCCACGUGUGUGGGAUAUAAUUGUAUGAUAUGGAAAUAACCCUGAGUAGCUAAGGACAAGGGAAUAUGAUUCUAAGAUUAUGUAGGUUUCAGACAAAAAUGGCUACAAGGAAAUAAAUGAUGAAAUAAAAAAAUGGCCACUAUGUCACUAUGGAAACCAAUAACCUUGUGAAAAACACACUGGACAAAAUCAGAGUGCACCCAAUGCAUAAAACGUGCAUUGUUUAUUUGAGAACUGCAUAAUUUUCUAUAGAAGUGAUUUUUUUAACCACAGGUUUUUACUGUGACUGUGUGCUUUUGUAUGUUUGUGAGUUGUUUCUGCCAUAUACUGUACCAUCAGUUAUUAUUUUACCAUUGUCUAUAGAAUUGUAUGUUCAUUCUGUUGUGUAUUUUAAAUUAAUUCUUUUUUUUUUUCUGGAAUGGUUUAUUUGACUGGCAACUGCAUACCUCGCCUAACAUGAUGAUAAUGAGUGUGUGAAUGUGUCUGUAAGUCCAUAUGUGCAAAGGUUGUUUCUUUUUAUGCUCUACCAUGGUUUUUCACCAGCUUGUGUAUUGCUUUCUCAAAACAUUGAUAAAAGCUUAUGUGUGA